GGCGGCGGCGGCGGUGGAGUUGGUGGUGGUAGCGGCGGCUUGGUGGUGUCGGGGAUGGGGACGCUGCACAUAUUCGGCACGCACAUGCACACACGCAGCGGAAGUUGAUGGAAGGGGGAGCUACGGCUGACUGCUACUGCGGUCAAAUCGAUUGUUGCAUUCCCCCGUUUUUACACGAUGAUACGACUUGGCGACGGAGAGAACGAAACGACCAGCACACGAUAACAAUGCUUUUUCUUCUUCUCCCUUCCAUCGUCCUCCGUUCCGGGCCAGUGCCGCCUUGACAUACGUUCGUUGGAUACCGGCGGUUGGCAGUCAAGGGGUGACUAGGAAUGCCACCGUCCGCCCGACCACGGCCAAAGAUCACCGCCCAUUCUCCAGUCCCGACUUGUACAAAAAACACACAGACAUAAAAACAAAAACUCUUCACUCGACUUCGGCAGGCCUGGCGUUCGCGGUUAGGAAGGACAUAUACAGGAUUCGGCAAAAGACAAGGGAUAGCGGUUUGCCGGAUGGAUGGAUGGUUGUUGUUUCUGCAUAUUCAUAGCGAGAGAGAAAUGGCAGGGGUCAUUUGGCCCCUACCACGUGUAAUUCUAUCACUUCUGUACAAAAUCAAAACAUGAGUGG